AUGUUCAACAAUAUUGAUCUUGAUAUCCUUAUCACCAAGGUUUGGAGCGUAGCCAUCGCAGGGAAGAACGACAGCGUCACUGGUAAUAAGAUGAUUGAUGAAAUAUGCAAGAAGACUAGACCAAGAUACCACUUUUUGUUUGGCGACACAGACAGCUUCUUCGAGCUUGAACCAUUCGCUUGGCCUGAAAGCAACCGAACAACAAGAUCCAUCAAUGUGGCAGCUUUUCAUUCAAAAAAAAAGUGGGCUUAUGCGUUUGUCAUCGACGUGCGUGGAAGUGAUAGGAAACUUGAAGCAGAUCAAUCUAGUAGUUUGAUACCAAAUCCUUACAUGGAUCAACCGGGAAAGCGUAGUUUCUCAGAUUUUUCCUCGAAGGAAGAUUUAGGAUCUAGCUCCAAGAGGAAGAAGGCAGUACUACCAAGCGACUGUCAUUUCUGUUUUACUAAUCCCAACGUCGAAGACCACAUGUUUGUGUCAAUCGGCAAUCAUGCAUACUUGACAACCGCCAAGGGCCCUUUGAGCGUUCCUUCUGGAGACAUGGACUUUCAUGGCCACUGUCUAAUCGUACCGAUAAAGCAUAUACCGAAGUUGAAUAUGGGGCAGGAAGAGUUUUUCGAGUCUGCGCUAAGAAAAGAGUUGACCUCGUAUGAGUUAAGUGUGGUCAAAAUGAACCACAGAAAAUUCGAUAUGUCAACCGUUGUGUUCGAGAUUCACUCAGAUCAAACUAUUCACUUUCACAAGCAAAUAAUACCAGUACCCAAAUAUCUAAUAAUGAGGUUUCAAGAUGCCCUCGACAGACAAGUGUACUUAAACAAUGAAAGAUACACAACUAAUGCUAAAAUGAACUUUCAGGUGUUUUCUUCGAGCGAAAACCAGGAAUACAAGGAGAUUAUUGGGGACUCAAAGAAGAACUUUUUCCAAUUCACUGUUUAUGAGACAUCGCAGGACGAACCACUAAUAUACUUGAGCCAGUUCAACGUUAAUGAUAGACUUGAUCUGCAAUUCGGGCGAAGAGUUGUUGCGUUUUUAAUGAGGUUGCCAAAAAGGAUUAAUUGGUCUUCACCUGUCUGCAAGCAAUCAAAAGAGCAGGAGAUAGAUGAAGUUAAGAAAUUCCAGAAGGGUUAUAGCGCCUUUGACAUUGCAAGUUAG